UUAUUACAGAAUUUGCACGCGUAAAUCGCGGAGAACGCUAUCUUGUGUUUAUAAGAUCUUUGAUGGCCCGGUGUUUUUUUUUAGUCUGGAAGUUUGUCGAUCAACAAAAUGCAGCGCUGUCUCUUCAUUCUUUUAUUGGUUAUCAUUUCGUUUAAUUGUCCAGACUUAUGUUUAUUCUCAUGUUUUUUUAGUCGGGGUAUUUAACCGAGGUUUUAAGAUGAGGUUAAGCAGAGGAGGAAAGAAAGCGAUCCAUGCCAAACCCCCAGAUGGAGGCUGGGGGUGGAUAAUAGUCAUCUGUUGCUUCUUCAAUAUGAUGAUGAUUGUAGGCGUUAUUUAUUCCUUUGGAAUCUGCUUGUCUUACUGGAAAGAAGAUCUUGGCAUUAGUACAUCCGUUGCUGCUGGAGUCAACUCAUCAUUACCGGCCAUUGUAUUGUUAACUAGUGUGGGAUACGGGCUAGUAUUUCAUCCUUCAAUAGUAAUGACGGCUUACUACUUCAAGGAACGUUACGGACUCGCAAAUGGCUUCGUGUUUGCCGGCAGUGGAGUUGGUUGGAUACUUUUACCUCUGUUGGAACGCUUUUUAAUUGAUCAGUACUCCUGGAAAGGAAUGUUUCUAAUACUAGGAGGAAUUACGUUGAACAUUUGUGUGAUUUCGCGUCUAAUGCGCCCCAUCGUGGUAAAGGCACAAGACGACAAGCAUAAUUUGGAAAUUGAAAAAAGUGACGGUGAAGCAAACAAAAAUCUUUAUAAAAACGAUAUUGAUAAUGAUGAUAAUGAUCUUGUAGAAGAAACUAGCUUCACAUACGCUGAUCAAAGAGUAGAUGCUCACAGUAAAAAAGCUGGUUGUCGUUGGGUAAUGAUUAAAUGCAUCAAACAUUCAUCAUUAUGGUACAUGUUUAGUGACAUUCGUAGAACUAUUAUUAUUGUUGUAGUUGGCCUCAUGGGCAUGGGAAAUUAUGCAGUUGUUAGCCACCUUCCCUAUCGGGCAACUGUGUCAGGAGUGUCGAAGGAGAAUACAGCAUACUUGAUAUCCGCAAUGGGUUUUGGAAGCCUGGUCGCAAGAAUACUUCAAGGAUGGUUGACUGACAAGAAGUAUGUAUCUGUACGGACGUUAUUCAUUAUAUCUCUGUUGGUCACUGGCAUAUACAGCGUUCUCAGCACUCUAUCAAACUCUUUUGCUUGGCUGCUAACGUUCGCGAUUAUAUUUGGAGUAGGCAAUGGCAUCUUCAAUCCAAUCCUUGUUGUAUAUAUCCGUGAACUUGUUGACACAAAGUUGUCUACUGCCCUUGCUGUUGCUUACGCUGCACUUGGAUUAACAAGUGUUUUUGCUGGGGUCUUUACAGGCUGGCUGUAUGACUCAACUGGCAACUAUGAUGUGUCUUUCUAUUUUGCCGGAGGUGCACUGAUUCUAUCUGGAUUACUCCUCUGUUUGGACCCACUCCUCCUGAGAUGGAAAGAUGUGAAGAUGAAAAAGUUGGAUGUGGAUAGCUGUUGAAGACCUUUGUUCUUUCUUUCAUUCUCUAAUGGUGUUAAGAAUAACGAUAAUGAAAAUUUAUUUAGCACUGGUAUUCGUUCCAAUGAAAACACUUUAAGAUGGUGCUCAAAAUGUAUGCCAAUCAGAAUGUCCUGCUCAGCAAUGCUGGUUUUUUAGGAUACUGGAACGGGUAUGUUGGGUGGAAGAAAUACAUAAUGAGUAGUAGAGCUGAAAUAUGAUAAAGUUCUUUUAUUGGUCUGGCGUGGGUUGUGUUUGUUGUUAAAGUGGGAGGGCUUGAUGAUUAAGUGAGCGGGUGCUAGUUGGCAAAACAAGGUGGUAUUAGGGCAGUGCAGGAGGGAAGGGGGAAUGUACACUCCCUAGAUAUUUAGAUAUGCCACUGGGCUAUAGGAUAUAAAUUCGGGGGUGAAGGGAAGCUGUAUGAUAUAGGGUCUGACAAUUUAUGGUGGCGACUAGUGUAAUUCAGGUGAAAAGCCUUGUUUAGUGUGCUAGGGGCUUAGAGAAACUGGGCAAUUUUAAGACAUUUUAUUUUUUAUUUAAGGAAAAAAAAAACACAAUUUGUUUUUUUUUUUUUUCAUUUGAUGAGUUGUGGCAAACAGGUGUUUGGUCUGCCAACUGGAUGGCUCAAUGCAAUAUUUAGUGUCAUCACUGUUUGGGGGAGAUAUGGGGAUGGAAAAUUGAGACAACUAGAAGAAUUAACAGGGUCUAUUUUAUAUGAAGGCUUGCAGUUCUGAUAUGUAUUGUUUACAGGAGUAAAUCAAGCUGUUAAAGUGUUCUUCUCUGUAGCUUGUCAUGGUUUUUUAAUUAGAUACAUUCUCUAUUUAUUGGUUAUAAUGUUGUAAGUAUUUUAAGUUUCUAAUAAUAGUUUCUAAAAUUCACAGAUAAAAUAUAUUCUUUCACAAUUAUGUAUAGUUUAUGCUUAAUAUAUUUUUACUGAUUUUUGGUUAUAUUUUACAGUUUCAGGACUAAUUGUGUUUUCACAGUGUUAGUGCAUAGAAAUGUAAAAAUCGCGCUAUUAUUAUCAAUUUUAAUACAACUGUAGUAACUUUGUGCUUACAUUCUUGCCUUCAAAUACCAUGGUUCCACUGCUUGGUUCAAGCCCUGUGAACCAUCGUUGGUUUUUUAUUCUCCAUUUUAAAAAACAAUGGUGCAUUUAAGCUUUAUUAAAAAAAAACUUUAUUGAGCAUUAUAUUUUAAUUUGUUUAUCUUAACGCGUUGACUGCCAGACUUUUUUUAGGUUUAAAGGUUUACACAAAUAUGCUUUAUUGAAAUUUUGUACUGCCUUGAACAUAACAGUAACACAAGAAACAUACAUACGUUUUUGUACGUUUAGGUGUAUCUUCCCCGAACUACCAGCCAUAAGGCUGUGGUUCUACAAAAAUAACAAAGAAGUAAUAAACGCUAGAAUGUUACCCCGAUUUUGAUGAGUAUAGUCAUCCCUAGCGCCCUCAGCAACACUCUGUGGGACGAGUAUACUCGUCUCUGGCAGCGAACAUGCUAAGGAGUGGUAUAGUUACUCUUUGUUUAUGAGAAUUGUAAAAUUUUAUUUUAAGUGGAGCUGUAGCUUGUAGCAAAAACAGGAUCAUGUGUUGAAAUCGUCCGUAAAACCAGAGAUUGUUUUUUUUUUUGCUCCCAAAAAAAGAAGAAAUUAUCAUUUAAAUUGAUAAUGAACAUCCCUUUUAUUGUCUGAAAGCCAUUUCUGUUCAUAAUGAGCCAUGUUUGUAUUGAAUUAAUUUUGAUAAAGAGGAAGGGUAAUUCUACAUUUGUAAAACCACACUGUUGGGUUAUACGCAGUAGGUUUCAGGAUAAUUUGAUUGUUUGCAUGCUUGAUCAUGUCUAAUCGUACAUUCUAAACUGUAAAUUCUGAGAAAGAUUCAGUGAUGCAUGCAGUAUUGUUAUGCACCCAGGAAGAUUUAACCAAGUCACGCUAUCAGUGCAUUUGGCUUUUUUGCUUGGGAAAAACAGCUUGGUUAUUCUUCCUGAAUAAUAUUCACUCAGUUCAACUUGCUGUGUGCCUUGGGUAAUUUCACCAAAUAGAAUGUUAUGCAGACUUAUACACUUAAAAUUUUUUUUUUUUUUUUUUACAAAACUGAUAUUAAGGUACCAUGAGUUUGACCAAAAGAUUUCGGUCUAAAGAGGGCUUCAUUUAAUCAGGGAGGUCUCACAAGCUAAAGCCUGGGUCCCAGUUCCUGAUGGGCUCUGGGAUAUUCAUGAGCUUUUUUUGUUGCUCUAAGUUGGCAGAAGAGCAGAAUAUGUAGAAAAGAACAUAAAAAAAACAUUGAAACAGUGUUCUUUUGCAUGCCCCAUUGGGCUGAGUACCUACGCAGACUCUGUCAGUUAGUGACCAAGAUAGAAGGGCCCUAAAACUCUUAGAAAGGGCCCCACACUUCUUUGUUACAUUACUGCUUUCAUACUGUAAGUUUCUUUUGUUUUUUGAGACAUUAAACUGUAAUGCUGGUCUUUUAAUAGCACAUUGUAAUAUUCCUUAUGACAAACUGUGAUAUGACACGGUCUGUGUAAAAUUGUCUGGAUGUGCGUGGGAGUUGGGGCAAGGUGGUGUGACAGGUAUUAUUUAUACGAAACGACGCGGAUAGUCAUGGAAGCAUAUGCUAUCGUAGAGUUUUGAAAAUGUUAAAAAAUUGUAGUUGUGUGAUAGCAUAGCAUAUUGUAAACAAAAUUGCAACGUGUGUGACCGGCAUAUGGUAUCUGCAGAAGAAAUGACACCUUGACUUUUCAAAAUUUAUGUUUUAUGAAAAUGUAAUAAAAUUAUAUUUAUAAAAAUCUUGCCUUUGAACAGCUGCUGCACUGUAAUGUUCAUUCAAAAUUAAAUGCACAUUUUUAAA